AUGGCGUCCGUCCAAACCGAGGUACCAGGGUCCUUUCUCCCAGCCGCUGCAGUCGUGACUCUGGAGCCAUCAUUUUGCCGCCUGGCCCUGGCCGUGACCGCAGCAGCCAAGAGAAGCAUGCAGGCGUUGCGUGCUGCAGCAUCCGCCCGUCAAUUCCUUCCUCUCUCCUGGCUUCGCGGUCCGUGCCUGCGGUGCGUAUUCCGUAUUCCUACCAGUAUCAGGGAGAGGUUUGGACUUUGGCAAACGCAGUGCACGGGUGGGCUUGUGGCUACUGCUGAGCUCAUGCCCGAGGUUCUUAGGGCUGAAGCAGCUCUAGCUACUGAUGUUGUUGCUGCUGCAGCACCAGCUGUUGUUGCUGGGCCCAUGAGGUGGAACAACAACACCUCUGGGUUUGUGCUUAGGAGGAUGGCCCAGUUGCUUAGUGAUGGCACUAGGCCUAACAAGGUGUUCAAGGACAAAGAUGUUAACCAUGUAGCCAAGUGUCUUAAGGACUACAGUGGGGAUGCAAUGAGCCCAACUCAGGACCACCCUAAGGCUGCAGAGUUCCUUAACUGUCCUAUAAGGUUCUACCCUAAGAUGGAGGCCAUAUUUGGGCAUUCUAUGGCCAUUGAUAGGUAUGCACUUGGUUCUGGUAAGGCCCUUAGGGAGAAGACCAACACUAAGGUUGGUGAAGGCAGCAAGGCCAUAGAGCUACUGCAAUCUACUAUGGGUGGGAAGAGGAAGAGAGGGAACUUCACUGAGGAUGAGAUGCUCAUGCUCACCAACAUGUCUGAUGUUGUGAACAAUGUGGCCAAUGCACUUAGGGAGACUGGACCAGCCCAUGUUGAUGCUAACCUAUAUCUUGCUGUUAUGGAGACCCCUAGCUUCUCUAAGGAGGCUCUGAUAGUGGCCUACACCUACCUACUGGACAACAAGACCCAAGGCAGAGGCUUUGUUGGCAUGACUGAGAGCAAUAGGGACAUUUGGCUUAAGAACUACCUAGCCAAGAACAACUACAUGUAG